GGAUUCGAACGGCAAGGUCAAGAGCGGCAUCACUCUCAUCAGGCAGCGACAGGCCAGCAAUCGGCAGUCUAGUUGGCGUGGAACGCUGGAAAGUGGAAGUGAGUGAGGACGCUGGACUUCACACUAGCACUGAAUAAGAAGUCGUCAAUGUUUGAGCACGUGAGAAAGAGAAGCACACGCGCAGAUCUACCUCACUCGUCAGUACUACAGUAGACCUACAGCCUAGCCCCAAGCCCAGGCUCGACCACAUCAUGCCCCAGUAAUGCCCCACGAGCUCGAGCCAGGCCUGCUAGCAUAUCAGUGGAAAUCUGGUAAGCAACUGAUAUCGUGAUCCCUGCUAAUCUCACGCAGAGAUGUGCCGAUUCGCCACACAAAAUAAUUUUAUCCCGAGCUUUCCGCACCAGAACAGCCUGACCUGAAUGUCACGAGCGAAAGAGUUUCCGCUGCACUCUGUGAGGAAGUAGACCUACUACUAGUAAGUAUUAGUUGUCCGGUAGAUAGCCAGUGUGCGUUGAUGCAGCAGUAUCGGCUUCGACUGUCGCAGAACUGUGGUGGACACCGUCUGAACGAGGAAGAGUCAGUCUGAACAGCGGACUGCCCCUCUUCUGCCCUCUGCUGUUGCGUUUCUGAUCUGCAUCAUUUCUGCUUGCCUGGCAGCAGCAGUCCAGGUCAACAGCUAGCUAGCUCCUGGGAACAUGGAAAGUCUAGCGUCGCCACCGCUGUCGCUGAGCGGACGAAUGCUGCACAUGUCGUCGACGUGCACGAAUGCUGUGUACGGACAGCAAGGACGGAAACUUCAUCAUCCUCUGCACUACCAGACGGGGCCAAGGAGGCCUCCGCAGCGCAAUUCGACGCUCGUCAGAAGCACGCCGUCCGAAGACGUGUCCGACAAAGGCGCCUGGUCGAGGCACCAUGUUGCCAAUAACAAGCCGUGCCGUAAGCCCAGCAUCCGCUCGACACAGUACCGGCAAGAGCGCUGCAGGCAGCUCAACGAAAUUCUGGACGUGCGCGGUGGUAGCGACGGACUUCGCUGCAACAACGCCACCACGGUCAGCAGCAAUGCGUCCAGCCAGAGGUCCAUGCUCGUUCGGCGCGUGGGAAGCCAGAGCCUGGAGGAGGAAGGUGCCUCACCGCCAUCGCAAGGACCAUUGUCACACCUGGUAGAUCGUCGUGCCACUCAUAAUACCGAGCUGUCGGAUGAGGCUGAUCCCAUGACGCAGCGGCCACGGGGCGCUAGCACCACCAGGACACCCAGCUGGAAGCGUGUGCGGAGUGCCGUGCGCAACGGGCGCCUCCAAGACAAGCCCGAGGAAGACGAGGCAGAUUCGGAACCAGCGAAAACACAGGCGCCAGGACCCAUGUCCGCUGAAGCCAAUCAGCCCAGCUCUAGCUCUGCAGAUCCCAACCGCAAGCCGCGGCGGAAGUGGUCCAUUCGCCGGCGGUCCUCGACGCGCCAUGACGGCCAGCCGCACCGGCAGAAGGCGCUCGAGAGCUCUCUGAGCGGCGGCAUGAGCCUCGCCCAAAGCUUGAGCUCCGACUAUUCGCACGUGGACGUGGCCGAGAGCGCCGGCCACCACGUGACCAGUUCGGACGCGUCGCACAACGCGACGCCCGCAGCAUGGUCGCGCUCGCAGGGCGCCUGCCGAGCCUCGGGGAGCGAGCCGCACAUGGCGCGCCUGCUACGCGAUGAGCUCCACGGCAAGAAGACGCACGGUCAGUCGCUCUUCGGCAUGCUCAAGCGCUCGGCCUCUGCGGACCUGAUAACGCGCCUGCAGCGCCGAUCGUCUCUUCGCAACAGCUCACCGGAAUCCUCGCUCGGGAAGGACUUCACCAAGUCCAGAGAAGUCAACGCGGAGGAGCGGCCGAUUCGCCUGGCGGCGUACACCGACGGGCUUGUGGACGGCAGCGGCAUGCCGUUUGCCCAUGUGACGGAACGCAGUGGCGGCGGCGAUCGGCGGCAACUCAACGCACGCUUCUGCAAGAAGUACUCCAUACCGUCUGGGAAGCUGAAACUCGGCGCACCGCACCCGCAGGGGCACCACCGCCAUAGCAUAUCGCCACAGUGGUCGGUUUCCUCGUCGUCGGAGGCGUGUAGCGACUCCGGCCGUGCCAGCAGCCAGAGCCACUUCGAUAGCGGUGGCGUCGCCAUGACGACGACGAGCAAAGACGACGACGACGGUGACACGGAGGAGACGGACUCGCUGGGUCUGAGUCAGCCGCGCAUGUACCAGUUUGAGCACUUCAUGACCAGCCUGAGCCUAACGCAGGUCAGGGCAAUCAACUCACUGCGCACGGAGAGCAUCGAGAACUUGCAGAGCAAUGCAUCCUCACCAUCCGAUGGCGAUAUGCAAGUGUCCCUCGGCGUGAGCAUGUCCAGUACGGGGACAGGCUGUCUAGACAAGUGAGCAUCCGGUGCUUGUCCUGAGCUGCAGGCGUCAUGCACACCGCAGUGGCGGACUAGUCACGAUAGCAGCACACGAGUCGUGUACUUUGCAAGUGCUGAGCUGGUGUCAUGCACGCACUGCAGCAGUGGCGGACUAGUCAUGAUAGCAGCACACGAGCUAUGUACUUUGCAAGUGCUGAGCUGGUGUCAUGCACGCACUGCAGCAGUGGCGGACUAGUCACGAUAGCAGCACACGAGUCGUGUACUUUGCAAGUGCUGAGCUGGUAUCAUGCACGCAGCAGUGGUGGACUAGACCGAUAGGCGUAGAUAUGAAGCAGCAUGUGAGUCAAUGUGACCAUACAGACCAAUGAGCAUCCUUCAGUGCUAGUGCUGGAAUCAUGCACACGGCAGUGGCAGUGGUGAACUAGUCGUAUGAAGCAGCAUGCAAGUCAAUUAGUAUCCUUUGCUAGCGCUAACAUCAUGUAUGCAUACAGCGUUGGACUGUGAACUGGCCAUAAUGCAGUACUAGUAUGUCAAUUAGCAUCCUUUGCUAGUGCUGGCAUCAUGCGCACGGCAGUGGUGGACUGGUCAUGUGAGGCAAUGGGGACCAUACAGCGGCGUACUCUCACAUUGACUUGGGCGACAUGUCCGACCAGACGUGCUGCACUGGUGUGCACUGGUGCGCAGCAAAUCUGACAGGCUGGCGACAUGUGUACUGGACAAGCCGCCGCUCUGCUCAACGUGCCUAAAACCUGAAUCUGCACACUAGUAGUAACGUGCGAGCCACGUAUGUUCGUCCCGUGAGCACCUCAUGGCUUCAAGUGUGCGUCACUGGAUCGAGACGAGAGGUCAGCAGAUUUGCCGGGGCGAGCAUCAGAUAAUGAAAGCAGGAGCCAGUGAGCAUGUCACACCUUCAGGCAUGGACCGUACUGCAUUCAGACAAGUUCGGACCUGACGCGGCGAACAUUGGACGUUGCAAGCAGAGUGCAAUAUAGAUAGAGAGCAGUGUUAGACCUCGGCUGGUGAGACCGCAGCCAGUCGCACACUGCUGCUCAAUGAAAUCCAGCCGUGGCACUCAAGUCUGCGCCGUGCACCAUCUCGCCGCCCAGUGUUCUCAGGUCUAGGGCUGCGCAACGCCCGGCGUGCACUUGAGAAACUCGACUGGAUUUCAUUGAGCAGCACUGCAGUAAUGUACAAUGUAUUGCCAAUCCAAAUCCUGCUUGCACCAUUGCACUUUGCUUUGGCAUUUGGUAGACUGCAGCCGCAGCUGCAGCAGCAGCGGCGACGUAGUGCUCACUCCGCGGAAUACCCGUUUUCUUUGACACCCAUUUUGUUCAACACUACUAGAAGUUCCAUGGUCCGCGAGCCAUGCAUCCAGUUUUGCCAUUUCAAAGAUAAGCACCCCGUCCCAUACCUUAUAUAUCAGACAUAAGGUCAUGACAUCAUACCUCUACAUCAUGACAUCAUACCUCUACAUCAUGACAGCCUAGUGCAUGUAGACCAGGGUAGUAUGCCCACAUUGUGUGUAGAUGAUGAACAUUGAUCAUACCAACUUCAGUACAUUGCACUGUGCAUGCUGUGAACAGCAGGAGCACUCACCUAUCCAAGGGGUGUGUUGGCUGGUUCAAGUGUGCACCAUCUAGACUAGAUCCUAGCUUGCAAUAUGUACCGGCCUGGGUAAGGUGGUGCAAU